UAGCCCCAACGCGCCUCCAUAAUACGUGGUCGGUCUUCAGCAUCAGUCGUCGUUGAACCUUCGUCUCGCGAGCAGCCACGACCGUCCGGUAAAUCGAGAGCACAAACAUAUCAGAUAAAAUGGUUACUAUCACGAGGUUGUCGAUCAUAAAAUCUAUUGAACUUCUCUUGGUGUGCAUCCUUAUCGGACUGCACUACCACUCUUUCAAUGCGGGAGAUCAACAUACCGCAAUGAUAACCAUGGGCACAUUCGGCGGAUACUUAAUUAUCUUAGUCGGCUUGUUCAUCGGCAGCGUGAUGGGAACGCCGGUCAACCGUCGUGUGGACCUCUUCUUCUCGCUCAUUGGAUGCGCUCUAUUCAUCGCCGCGGGCUCGCUCAACAUCGACUAUUUCCACAAACUGGUGCACAAAUCAUCGUUUCGUGAUACCGGUUUGGCCAAAGGUUCUCUCAGUAUCAUCGAGGGCGCUGUUUUCCUCGUAGAUGCAUUUCUUACGUUUCGGGGGGAGAAUUGAAAUCUGAAUCGUUUUCAAGUACAACAGAGGGACUGCACGGCCGGCUAUCGGUGUUAACCAUAUUCCGCAAUCGACGGAAAUCUUUUCUAUAAAGGAUAUACUGCCAAGAAGUUUCCUGAUAUAUGAAAGAAGCUUUUUUUUCUAGCCGGGUAGUCAAAUAUGGGAAACAUUUACACAGAAAUCAUAUGGCAUUAUCAAACUUCGCGAAAUCCAGGAUUCGUGCCUUUUAUCACUUUAACGAGAUCUUUAUUUUACCGAUUUUACACGCAUAUUUUUUUUGUUUAAUUCGAUAACUUGUUAGAGAGAAUUGUAGUUUGAAAACCUUUUGAAUUUUUUUUUUAAAUUACAUUAUUAUUGAUUAGGCAGUUUUUUUUCUGUGAAUAAGGAGAAAUUUUCGGAUUAUUUAAGAGCCAAAGUUUUAAAUAAUAUAUUCUUGCGAUAGUACCUAACACCGAUGAUAGUACAAAACGUGCAGGGAUCACAAAGAUGAUAUAUAUGCGUACUUCAUAUACAUAUAUAUAUAUGUUAAUAUUAAUAAGGGGCAAUCUUUUCGUAGAAGCAGGCCAGUUGAUACCAUAAUCGUUAAUAAUAAUAUACUGACAUUAUGCACUCAUAAAUUUAAGUUAUGGUACUGUUAGACUCUAACAAGAGCAGCAGCGACAGAAAAAAGAAAAAGAAGAAAAACAAUAAAUAUCAUAUGACAUGUUUUUAUACAUAUAUGACACUAUUUGCGUGUAUUUCGAUGCUAAAUAUUUAUCGCGGCGAUCUCGAAUCGUUCACCGUCUUUUCACGAGUAUUCGCGGAUAUUUAUCUUUUAUUUGUACGUUUUUACGCUAAGAUUUCAAUAAUAAAGAAGGAUUAUAUAUGAACAGG